CGACCGUUUUCCUUUUGACUUUGGUGCGUCGGAGCAAGGCAGCAGGAUGGUCUCUCAGGGGCUUCAGAUCGGCGGCAUAAUAAUAGCGAUGAUCGGCUGGCUCCUGGACGUAGUGGUGUGCGGCCUGCCCAUGUGGAAGGUGUCCGCCUUUGUGGGGGCCAACAUCAUCACGGCUCAGAACAUCUGGCAGGGCAUGUGGAUGAACUGCGUGGUGCAGAGCACAGGCCAGAUGCAGUGCAAGGUGUACGACUCGGUGCUGGCCCUGCCGCAGGACCUGCAGGCGGCCCGCGCCAUGAUCGUCAUUUCCAUCCUGCUGGGGAUCUUUGGCGUGUUCAUGUCCAUCGCUGGCGGAAAAUGCACCAACUGCAUUGAGGACGAGCAAUCCAAGUCCAAAGUCUGCAUCGUGGCCGGCGUUUUGUUCAUCCUGUCCGGGGUGCUCUGCCUCAUUCCCGUCUCCUGGUCCGCCAACACCAUCGUCAACAACUUCUACAACCCCAUGAUGCCCGAGACCCAGAGGUACGAGCUGGGUGCAGCGCUGUACCUCGGCUGGGCGGCGUCCGCCCUGCUCCUGAUGGGAGGCGGACUACUGUGCUGGAACUGCCCCCCCAAAGAGGAAGACCUGCACUAUGUGACCAAAUCCAGAUUCACCCCCGUGAAGACUGUCUCCACGUCCAGAGAAUAUGUCUUGACAUGCUGAGAGAAGAAGUUUGAAGAGGUCGGCUGUACAUCACAGAGGGAAUCUAAAUGUGUGAAACUGAAGGCAUAAAUGACGACUGCGUCCUCUUUUUUUGGUUUUUGUUUCUUUUUGCCAGUAGUAGCUCACUUUAAUGGUCACUGAGGACCUUCUUUUAUGAUAUUUAUAAGUAUUGAUAUUUAUAAAUAUUGAUAUUUAUUACUUCCAAGAAACUAAUGCUUUUUUUCCUUUUAAAAUAAUAAUUGGGAGAGAUGUAACUGCUUAAUUUUAUCGUGAUUAUCGUUAAUCUGUGUAUUUACUCUAUUUUUAUAUGGUGAAAGAAUGUAUAUAUGUUCUAAAAAGAUAAAAACUGUACAAUACAAAUGAAGUAAGAUUACAUCUACCUUUAUAACAACAAUAGAUCUGUGUAAAUAAAUGUUUUAUCUAGCAAAAAUAGUAUGUUUAGCAUAAUUUUGUUUAUUUCUUUAUUUUUUUCAAAGCUUGUAAAUUUGUUCCCACCAUCCUUUAAAUUAACUUUACUCUCUUCUUGGUAAUAUAGCCGUUAUUGUUUUGUGUGUGUGAUCUAAAUAAAACUAUGUGAAAAUUGGA